AUGGGCAACCACAACGCCGAGGAGAACCGGUCGACCUUCUACAACAUAACCAUCCUGGGGCUGUGCAACCUUGCAGCGCCGGGCAUCUGGGGCGCCAUAAACUCGAGAGGCAUGAAAGGCAAAAGGAGGUUGUACGUCAACAACCGGUUCGGCAACGAGUGGCUGGUGCUGCUGGGGGCGGCGCUGUGCGGCGUGUCGGCGGGCGUGUUCUGGAUGGCGGAAGCGGCCGUCGUCAUCGCGUACCCGGAGUCGUGGAACUGCGGCAAGGCGCUAGGCUACUGGCUGACGUUCCGGCUGGCGGGCCAGAUCGUCGGCGGUGCCAUCAAUCUGGGCCUCAACGCCGGCCGCGACGAGGCCGGCAAGGUCUCGUACACCGUGCUCCUCGUCUUCAUCGCCCUACAGGCCACGGGCCCGUUUGUGGGUCUGCUGCUCAAUAAGCCCGACCAGGUCGAGCGCAAGCACAAGCACAAGCAGCGGCCCGAGCUCCAUAAAUGGCGCGCCUGCUUCGGAAGAGCAGAGACAAGAAAGUAA